AUGCAGCCACAACAACCCCCUCCGCCGCUGCAGGACUCGAGAAACCCUCCUCCGCCCUCUCACCUCUCAAACGGUGCUCCAAGGCCUCCAAACCGAAUGGCGAAUGAUCCACGAGGCCGCGCCCCGCUCCCUGUCCCCUCCGGCCCUGGGGCUCAUCUGCAGAAUGGACAGCCACGCUCCGUUCCCUCCUUUGAUAUGGCCCGCAGCCCUCCCAACCCGCCUCCUAGCAAAAGUGAAGACACGCCGUUCUUUUAUACCAAACACGUGCCCUGCAAAUUCUUCCGUCAGGGAGCCUGUCAAGCAGGUCCCGCAUGUCCUUUCCUCCAUUCCACUGAUUCCGCCGUCGAUUCUGCGCCCUGUAAAUACUUCACAAAGGGAAACUGUAAAUUCGGAGCCAAAUGCGCUUUGGCACAUAUCCUCCCCGAUGGCCGUCGAGUGAAUAGACCGAACAUUGGCAUGGGGAUGGGUGGUGGAGGAAAUCUCAAUCUGGGCGGUCGUGUCAAUUAUCCUCCAUAUCACCCACAGGAUUCAGCCCUCGCGAAUUCCCUACUAUCGCAACAGCAGAUGAACGGUCAUGGGCCCCGGCUUUACCCGUAUCAGGAGGAUCUGCAAAUGCACGGACGGCCUCAACUUCCCAUGCAACCCCAGCCGCCGUAUGACAAUAUUCCGAUCAUCGAUACCGGCUUAGAGACUGGUUCUAGGUACGGAUCCCCUCCGGAAGACGGUCGACACGCCAUAUCCCCGAUCGGUCGUUCUGCGCUUGAUGCUCCCCUUCCUGCUUCUUUCGACAGCCAAGGAAUAUCUUACAUUGCCCGCCACGGUCCCGUCGCCUCGUCAGUGCCCUCCAGGUUCGGAUUUGAUCUGUCUCCUACCCCUUCAUCUCGUGCAGAUAUGUUCCGCAAUCUCCAUGACACCACUUUUGGAUCGGAUUUCAAGAAGUUUUCGACCCUCAGUUCAUCUCCCGUUCUCAGCGGAGACGAAGGCACCACUGCACGCGUCAUGCAUUCGCAACGAGUGUCGCGACCCAAAAUGUUAUCAGCGAGUCUUCCCCGGCCUACGGUUUUGGAUGAUUGGGAUGAUAAUUUUGCCAUGGAGGAGGAUUAUCUACCGGCCGAUUUACACGAUGACGUAUUGACACCCCAGGAAAAGAUGCGCCGACUUUCGCGGACUGAGCACGAUUCUCACAGUGGGAGAGACCUGAGCGGUUUAGGAUUACCGUUGACGGGUUCCGCCAAAGUGGGUUCACCUUUAGCGUCCAGCCCGUCCCGAUUUGGUGCACUAUUUGCCAAGCAGCGACAGAAAAAAGAGGAAGAGAAUCAAUCAGCGCUGGGCAAUGUUGGGUCGCCACUCCGUGAUUCUUCAUUAAGUAUGCGAUCUAGCCCAGGUUUACGUCCCAUUGGCAGCCGCCCUAGUUCGGGUGACAUUUCACCAUUCAUUGCCAGCCCUCCCCGUCAACCUUCGAUGUCAAUGAUCACUCAACAACUCAGCAGCACCUCGUUACAUCCAAAUUCCGCACGUCACACCUCCGCAGGAAGUCGACUCGAUCGUACUAUCUCCUCUCCGAUGAGCACAAGCCGUAUUGAUGAGGAGCAAAGUGAUCUAGUAUUUUCCAUGGAAGAAGAGGAAAAUCGACGAAAUAGCUCCGCGUGGAAUGUGAACAAGCUUGGCACCAACGAUGCAUCGACCACGUCUCGGGAUGGUGAUUCUGCAAGUACCGCUACUACACCCAAGGAUAUUGUAUACAAGAAACGAGCAUAG